CACCUAUAAUAUCGCGUGGGUCCUCCGCUGGCAACGGCAUCAAGUGGUCCGGUAUGAAUUAAGGAUAAGGUUCCCUUCUCUGAUGUUCCAUGCAGAGCUACCCUCCGGGUAAACUGUGCACAAAGCCAAUAUUGUGCUUACCUAAUCAAUUCUUACGUGCAUGCGACGGUGCACCCCGGCCGGUAAAAACCCAUGAACGGUUUACAUACAUCGGUUUAGACUGCAGGAUACACCACUGCUCUGCAGCAAGGACGAUCAAGGGCCAAAUCCGAGAUUCUCGCCACACCGCAAAAUACAACAUAUGCACGACCAUAGUCCUGAAAAGGAGAAAAAAAUGACCGUACGGGAGUUUGCAUAAACACUCCUAGUUUUUUUGUUUUUUAUUA